AUGGCGCUCGCUCCUGCCAACGACAAGAAGCGGGUGAAAGUCUACGAGCUCAAAAACAACGACUGGUAUGACCGCGGAACGGGAUUCUGCUUGGGCAACAUAUGCAGCGCUCCCAACGGCCCACCCGAAGCGCUCGAUGCGCGGAUCAUUGUCACGAGCGAGGAAGAGCCCACGCGGACGUUGCUGGAAACGAGAAUCGCCAAGGAUGAUGGCUAUCAGAAACAGCAGGAGACGCUCAUCGUCUGGACGGAGAGCAGCGGCGUGGACAUGGCCCUCAGUUUCCAGGAAGCUGACGGCUGCGCGAUGAUCUGGGAGUUUGUCAGUGAUGUCCAGUCACGUCUCGUGCCCGAGGAUGGAAUCUCAGACGACCUGCUAGACCCCGUCCACUCCGUCACACUGCCUGACCCGACUCUGGGCAAACUGGACGAGGUUGUCGAGGCGAUUCGCAACACAUCCCAAACAACAGCUGGAAGAGACGCUGUGGCCAAAUUCGUCAUGAGUCCCGAGCAAAUGUACAUUUUGAAGCUCGCGCCUCUGGUGGACGAGGCUGAGCGGCUCGAGUCGGCGUACGACUUGCAUCGGCUGUGUACGAUCAUGAAGCUGCUCAUUCUGCUCAACGACACCUCGAUCAUUGAGUUCGUGGUCACAGACCAGGCGAUCAUGGGUGUCGUGGGCGCAUUAGAGUAUGACCCGGAUUUCCCUUCACAUCGCGCGAACCACCGGCAAUAUCUCUCCGACACAUCAAAAUUCAAGGAGGUGGUUGCUUUCGAACAUCUCGAUAUCAAGAGGAAGAUACACUACACAUACCGCCUCCUCUACCUCAAAGAUGUUGUCCUCGCACGCAUUCUCGACGAUCCGACCUUCUCUGUCCUCAACUCUCUCAUCUUUUUCCACCAGGUUGAUAUUGUCAACCACAUCCAAUCAAAUCAGGGCUUUCUCAAGGAGCUGUUCGCCAUUUUUACAGACGACUCGGACGAGCUGGAAAGGAAGAAGAAUGCUGUACUGUUCAUCCAGAAUUGCUGCGCAGUGUCGAAGAAUAUUCAGCCGCCGUCACGAGCAGCGCUGUACCAGAACUUCAUCAACCACGGCCUCUUCACAGUCAUCACCUUUGCGCUACGGCAUCGAGAUGCUGCUGUGCGAGUGGCCGGGACUGACAUCCUGGUUGCACUCAUAGACCACGACGCACAUCUGGUGCGAGCACAUAUCGCUCGAGCAAUCAACGAGAAAGUGGUGCCCUUGACCGACACGUUGAUCGAGCUUCUGCUUGUCGAGGUGGACCUCGGUGUCAAGAGCCAGAUGGCGGAUGCGAUCAAGAUCUUGCUUGAUCCAGCAUCAGCAAAUGUGAGUAAUGGAACAGUCUCUUUGCAGGUAAAUUCUAACCAUUUGGCAAAACAGCGCGGCGGCAUGGUAGCCGAUCAAGGUCAUCAUGGAUCUCGAAUACCGACCCAAACUAAUCUUUUCAUCCAGAACUUCUACGACGACGGAGCGAAACGGCUAUUCAAGCCUCUCAAGGAUCUGGAAGGCCGAGAAUCCAUGGCAGGACUAACAGUGCAAGAGACCAGCCUCUACACACAUCUCGUUGAAGUGCUGUGCUUCUUCGUGCGGCAGCACCCGUAUCAAAGUAAGAUGUUCAUACUGGCUGAAAACUUGCACGCACGAGUGGCGCAGCUCCUGGCAUGUCCGCAGAAGUACAUGAAGCUCAUUGCGCUGAAAUGGUUCCGGACAUGCAUUGGCCUGCAGGACGAGUUCCACAACGGACAGAUCACGAAGAACCACCUCUUCAACCCGAUCCUGAACAUUGUGUAUGAGACGAUGCCACGAGAUAACCUCUUGAACAGCGCGUGCUUGGAGCUCUUCGAAUACAUCAAGCGUGAAAGUAUCAAGGGCCUGAUCUACCACCUCGCAGAAAACUAUCGGGAACGGCUCAUGGGCAUCACAUACGUCAGCACAUUCCAUGCUCUGAUUCAGAGGUAUGACCAACUCCAACACCCGCACACUGGCAUAAAUGGAGAACUCGGAGACACGAGCUUCACCACCGAGCCAGACACACCCGAUGCGCUGAGGAGCCGCAUGAUGAACGGAAGGCAACUGUUUAGCGGGCUGAGAGAGCCCGACGCUGCUGAGGAUGAUUACUUCAACGCGGACGAUGAUCUUGGUGAUGAUGAAGAAGGCACACUACCCACAACGGCGACCGCGAGGUUACCCAACGGCCAUGCUAGUCCCAUAAAACCUCUCGUGGACUAUCCCGAUGACGACGACGAAGAUUUGCCAAUGGAGGACAUACUCGCCAGCUCGCCCGAUCCUGUGACUCGCGAAAAGAAGCCGAAUCACUCCACCGAUCCUUCCGACUUCCAACGAGGCCGCAAUCGCACGCCCGUCGCCAAGGACGGCUCUCCAGGUUCGCAACAAAGCCCACCCGAGUCGAUCGCCACGAAGCGCAGGCGAGAAGAAGAAGAUGACGACGAGCUCGGCAAGAUGAUGGGAGGUGGCAACAAGCGUCGGAACAGCUCUGCAUCCCUGCGAAGCGUCGCCAGCGAGAACAAAGUUCCCACGCUCGCCUCAUCACCCAUAGUUGAAGGCAGCCCGAUGAGCGUAUCCAAUCCUGAUAAGGAUGAUGACGAUGAAGCGCCGCUAUCUCCAAAGUCACAACCUGUCUCUUCUCCGGCUGUGGACAAGGGACAGUAUACACCAACCCACGCGCUGCGGAGAAAGGGCAGCUUGAAAGUCAAGAACGAGAGUGGUGCAAAUAAUGGCAGAUAUGCGAUCAAACCGAUCAAUCUGUCCGGUGUACGCACGCCAACAGAUUCACCACAAGCGAAAGACAGCCAGAAGAAUGGAAAUGGGAUCAAGAGCGAGGACGUCGAUGGUGUUGACGGUGACGGUGACAACGACAGUGGAAGCGGAGGCGGAGGAUAG